GACGGGAGGGUUUCGUGGGAGGAAAUGCGGCAUGCAGUGCACGCCUUAAGUGGUGUGUGUGUGUGUGCAGAUGAUUUGGAGGUGUUUUUUUCCCGUGGAUUUAAAAGUGGACCGCUGCUGAUGCUGGCACACUGAGGCUGGGCUGUGACUUCUGACUGGCUGCACUGUUGCAUAUGUUUCCUGGGAUGGGAUAACCCCCCACCCCCCAUCCUCGUUCAUCAAAGGGAUAAUUGAUCAUUAUUUUCGCUCUCCAUGGUGCUUGAAGGGUAAGCAAAAAAGCUAUUUGGCAACAAAAACACCCCGGAUCUCUGCCUCCUGUGUUAGCAGAGAGAUGGACGGGAUCGGGAACACCAUGCAGAAGAAGGCUGCAGAGCUGGAGCGGCUGGCCGAGGUGCUCGUCACCGGAGAACAGCUGAGGCUGCGGCUCCAUGAGGCGAAGGUGAUCAAAGAUCGGCGGCACCACUUGCGAACUUACCCAAACUGCUUUGUGGCCAAGGAACUCAUAGAUUGGCUUAUGGAACACAAGGAAGCCUCAGACCGAGACACAGCCAUCAAGAUCAUGCAGAAACUUUUAGACCAGAGCAUCAUUCACCACGUGUGCGACGAGCACCGGGAGUUCAAAGACCUGAAGCUGUUUUACCGCUUCAGAAAAGAUGACGGCACUUUCCCGUUGGACAGCGAAGCCAAAGUCUUCAUGAGGGGGCAGAGGAUCUAUGAGAAGUUGAUGAACACAGAGAACAACCUAUUACAAACCAGGGAGGAGGAGGCCGGGACAUUUGAGCGGACACUGGUGGCCUCGGAGUUCAUCGACUGGCUGCUACAGGAGGGGGAGAUGGCCACCAGGGAGGAGGCGGAGCAGCUUGGACGAAGGCUUCUUGAACACGGCAUCAUCCAGCACGUCACCAACAAGCAUCACUUCGUCGACGGGCCCCUCCUCUACCAGUUCAGGAUGAAUUUCCGGCGCAGACGGCGAUUGAUCGAGCUCCUUCACGAGCGCGCCCGCAGCAUCCCCGAGAGUCACGACAGCCCCUUCUGUCUCCGCAAACAGAACUCAGAUGGAGGCAACACCAGCUUCCUCUCAGUGAGUCCCACUAAAGAGAUUAAAGUGGCAGUCGGUGUACGGCGGAGCAGCAUGAGCAGCAGCUGUGGCAGCAGUGGUUAUUACAGCAGCAGUCCUACGCUCAGCAGCAGCCCACCUGUCCUGUGCAACCCCAAGUCUGUUCUGAAAAGACAAGUGAGUCCAGAAGAGCUACAGACACCAGGAGGACCCUUUCUAAAGAAGACAUUCACUAUUGUGGGCGAUGCUGUGGGCUGGGGCUUUGUGGUGCGAGGCAGCAAACCCUGUCACAUCCAGGCUGUGGACCCUGGUGGACCUGCAGCUGCUGCUGGCAUGAAGGUGUGUCAGUUUGUGGUGUCGGUGAACGGACUGAACGUCCUGUCUCAGGACUACCGGGCCGUCAGCAACCUGAUCCUAACUGGACCCAGGACAAUCGUGAUGGAGGUGAUGGAAGAGUUUCCAACCAUGGGCUGAAUCGCCUGAUGGCUCAACACUGCCCUCUGCUGGGAGAGACAGGAAGACACACAGCGGGGGAGCAUUUAUACUACAGUUGCAUAAAUCUUGUCAUUGCUUUCAGGGUGUUUAAUUGUUUUUUUAAUUGCUUGGGGAGCCACUUUGUUAAAUUUCUAGCCUCAUCGUGUGAAAGAAAUUUACAACUAAAUUGAUGCCCAGGUAGAUUUAUGUGUAGCUGCUAGGAAGUAGUUAGUUUACAUAAUAAAAAUGCAGUGAUAAACUGUAUGUGACAUUAAGAGGCACAAUGUAUAUAGAAAAGCUUUACGCACAAACCAACUGAAGAAGUCCUGCUUGAGAAAAAUGGAGUUUAUCGGAGGAAGUCUCAUUUUUGUGCAAACUAAAACAAGCACUGAGAACAUCAUGAAGACUUAACAUAAAUAAUUGUUUUUAAAAGGAUUAUUUACCCUUCAACUGUAUCACACAGAGACUUCCACAGUGACAAAAGAUGUAAUUAUUUGUUUAAAUGAAUAAGAACCCAGAGAGUAAAUCAGCUCUAAAAUUAGAAUUUAUUUCAAAGAUUUGUUGCAUUUAUUGCAUAAAAACAAAAAUAUAACCACUUGGUGUGUCCAUACAGUGGCAGUUCUUAAAUAACUGUAAUUGGAGUCAUGUUAUGCCAACCAGAUUUAAUUUGGAAACUUACACACACAGUAGAUUAAAUUGACCUUAAAUAUAGAAAUUGUUUAUUUAUAUUUUCUAUGUUUGAAGAAUAUUAAAGGCUACUAUGACUGUACGAGCACUUAAACUAUUAAAACAGAACCCUUUUAAUUGACAAAAGCACUUAGGUGAUAAAAGCCUUCUCUUUUUGGCAUAAAGUUUAAAAUUUUAAUAUUCAAAUGUACACACACAUUAACACAUACAGUAUAUAUAUAUACUGUACAUAUAUGGGGCCAUGGACUACAGAAAGAUCUUGUGUAAUCUUUUUAACAUAAUUUUUCGAUGCUGUGAAAACCAUAAGCAAAAUUGAAUUCACCCCUACUGUACCGGAGUGGCAGCAGAAAACCUGCAGAAAUUACUUAUUUAUUUUUUCUUCUUGGUUGAAAUGACCCUUAACAGAAAAUCUCCUCGUAACUGCAUUAAAGCAGGUUUGAUGUUUAGAUAAAUGGGUUUGUACAUCAUUAGCCUCCAAAAUAAUAACAUCAGAUUAGACUAUAGAUGUUUAUAGACUGUGCCAUCAUGUGCUUAGACAUACUAGCAUGACAAGAUCACAUUUAAAACUAUAUGAUUAUAAAAGAAAAGCAUGGAUAAGUAAUGCUCAUAUUGCCCAUACAGUAUGUGUCUGUAAUCCAUGUUUGACUGAUGAGUAAUGUUUUUAGACAAAGUAACACUGCCUGGUUCAUUAGAUGUGUACUUAGUUUUGUUCGGAAGUGAAAUUAUUACUAAAAAAACUAAAUACAAAUGCAGUAAACUGAACUUUUUCUAUUCAAGGUGAACAUAUAUUCAGGAAAUCUUUAUUGCCAAACAGUAGAAUUAACACACACUGUUGUACAUCGCAGUAAACUGCCUCCAAGUGUCUGAAGUGACUUAUUCCGUGGACAUCUCAUUGGUUUUUCUAGAUGUGCUUAGAUGUUGUAAGCAGUGAAAUGCAUGAUUCCUGUAUUUGUGCUUAUGUAGCAUUAUCCUCUAAUCCAAAGCACCUCUCCAGUCUAUUGACUGGACUGAGUUAUCUGACUAAUCGUUUCCGAAGUAAAGCAGAUUUGAGCCUCCUAAAGCCUUUGUUUCCACUUUCUGCCCCACUCUCCCAUUUCCAGGAGAAACAGAACAAAACUUCCCCAAGUGUAUUAAUAAGAAACUUGUGAAAUUGUUAUAAAACAUUUUAGGGCUUCUCAGACAUUGGUGAUGUUCUCUGGUGACUCUGUUAAACAUUCAAGACAUUUUGUUUUAGUUGCUGAUCUCAAGUGUCCACUCAUAUUGUGGGAUGAUGCCAUACAAUAUACUGUUUUCAUACUAUUCAUGUAAAGUUCAUGGAUAUUUUGUUGGUAGGGUUUGCUGUGUUUGGAGAAGAUAUAAAAGGGUCAGUAGACGCUGAGAUUUUAAUCUUCUUUGUUGUUUUUUUUUUAGUUGGAUUUUUCACACAGCCAUUCAGCGGGACACGUGACAUAAGUCACUUCUUAUGCCAAACUGCAGACAUUAGUGAAUCAAGGGUGUUCAAAGGUCUACUGUGGAUACUGUAUGUCACAGUUGAUAUCUGCACUCAGCACGAGUUCUUUAAUUAAAAACUUGCCUACCAGCAGUUUUCAACCCAGUAUUUGUUCUUUUAACUGUGCGUGGAAAUGAUCUGGCUGGAGGGUUUUUGAUUCUGUUAAAAGAAAAUGGAAAAUGUUUCCUGUUUGUCUGAAGGCAGUUUGGAAAAGAGCACAAAGGUUGAUUAUGGUCACAGUUAAGUUUUGGGAAGUAGAAAUAUGCAGAAGUGAGGCAGAAGUGUUUCACGUGUAUUCCAAGUCUUGAAGGAGUCCUUUGUGGUCACAGCUAGCUGAAAUGGGUUCUCAGACUGUUAGCCUGAAAGCAUUUUGCCUUAAGACCUUAUUUUGCUGCUAAUCACAGUUGGUGGUCAUCUAAUCUCUUGUUAUAUUCCCAGCUCCGUUAUCUCCUCGUACCAGGUGACCAUGUGUCAGUUCUGUUGACAAUCAGUGUUUUAUGGACACCACCAUUAAUAGCACAACAGCGGUUUCAAAAGCAAUGGUGUGACAGAAUGUAUUUCUCCCCCUUCUUCUACAUUGUGCUGUUGAUAUAGUCAGUUUUAAUGAUUGAUUCACUCGUUUAAUUAAAGGGAUUCUUGGCUUUAUGUUCAUCUCCAGAGUGAGUGGCUCAAACAUUUUCAGCAGGUUACAGCUGUUGGUUUUUUUUUGUUGUUUUUUUUGUCCGCUAUCAGAGAUUACAUGUCAGGUUUGACGACAAUAUAAGCUCACAGUACCACUGUCUGUUUUUGACAAAGCAGCUAAAGCUCAUUCUGAUGUUCUGAUGUAUUAAACAGUUCAUUAAGUGUUUAAUAAACAAACAAUUAUUAUCUGAA